AUGAAUUUAUGGAAUAAGAAAUAUGACAGUGAUAAGAUAGCUUAUACUGAUUUGUUGACAAGUAAUGAUGGAGACCCAGGUGUUCAUGGAAAUACACGACUUUUUGGAACACUAAAUUACGAAUGGGAAUAUCAUAAGGUUAAAAGAGCUGAUCACCGAACACUAACGGAUGUCUUCCUUAAUUUUAGCAAUUUCCAACUCCACAGAAGUCUUGGUGACAGCUUACUCUCCAAUUUUGUUCUCAUUGUUAACUCAAUGAGCAUUAAAGUCACCUUCGAAGAAGUUCCAGAAGAACGCACUGUCAGGAUGAAGUGCCUCAAGUUUGUCCAAUGGGAGGGAUUUAGUCUGGAACCAAUAGAAGGAGCGAAGUGGGGUCGCCUUAAGUGGCUAAUUCUGAAGACAGUUCAAUUACUAUCUUCCAACUUUAUUGUUAAAUACGCGAUUCAAGUGACCUUGGCUGAGCGAGUAAUGAGCGCUUUGGAUUUUUAUAGCUAUCAACAAGAGGGGGAAAGGAUGUUUAUAACUACUGCCACUCCUAAUAAUGAACAUUUGGUUUUAAAGCGAGGAAACUACGAAAACUAG